UUUGGUGUAGAAAACUCCGUGAGUGGUUCUAUAAAUGUUGAUCUGAGCAUGAAGUAUUAAACAUCAAACUGUGUAUAAAUAGCAAUAAGAAUAUUUUAUGCCUCAAAUGCUUCAUUAAUUCACAUUACAUUAAAUCUUUCAAAGGCAUCUUGGUCCCCCUUGACUCAAAUUGAGGAGACAUUUGGCUAAUUUGAGCAUGAAAUGGCCCAGAACCUAUUAAUAGUCACCCACUCGCUGCCGUCAGAGUCAGGGUACCUGCUGCUGAGCCUGCUUCCUCUUCUUCUUCUUUUCUCCUCCCACAGGAUUUUUGCACAGGACAAAUAUCUGCUCAGUGUCCUUUUCAUUGCUUUGUUUUCAUUUUUGUGGCUCUGGGAAUUUUGGAAUGAAGCAGCAAUGUUUUGAAACUGUGACUUAAGAUCACCUUGAUGAAAGAAGCAUAUUUGUGUUUGUAUUUGUCUUGUUUUGAUUUCAAAUGGAAGAUACAUUUUUGCAUUUCACAGAGUACCGCUGCCCUCCUGGGUCCAAGUGUCCCAGUGGUAGUGCUGAACCAUCCAUCUGUAGCUCUGGCACGUUUCAGACCUCCUCUGGUCAGGAGGACUGUCUCACUUGCCCACCAGGUGAAUAAAAUACUCGGGUUGUGAUGAUACCAAGUAUAGGUACUGAUGCUUCGUACGGUUGGCUUUAAAUAAAUGUGCAGUCGACUGGAAGACAGUCUAAUAUAGGUGCAGCAGCUAUGUGGGUAAAAUUACUGCAUAGUUUAACACAGUCAUCUGAACAGAAAGUGAGCUGAGCUUUUAUACCAAUAGCACAUUUCAAUGGAAAACAUCGUGUCACUUAAUUCCCUUGCUUCAAAUCUUAACGUUACUAAACUGUGGUAACUGUGUGGCACUGAAUUACUGUACAUUACAUACAGCACAUUUCCGAGUUUGAGUAUUUGUAUUGGAAUUUUUGCAUACCUACUAAAAUAACUUCAGACAAAUAUCACAUCUGUACGAACACAUUUUUGAACAUAGGACUAAUGAGACUCGUUGCAGGUUUUUAUUGUCUGGAGGGAUCGACCGUACUGACUCCUUGUCCUGCUGGUCAUUUCAGUCCAUUAUCUGGUAUCUCCUCCAUCAGUGACUGUUCUCCUUGUCCUGUUGGCUUUUUCUGUAACAGCAGUGGUCUGACCGAGGCAUCGGGCCCCUGCAAAGCAGGACACUUUUGUUCCCUGGGCUCUACCGACUUUUCUCCCAUCUCCCAAUCUUACGGAGAUGUUUGCUCAAUGGGACACUUCUGCCCAGAGGGCAGCGGGUCGCCACAGCCGUGUGGCAUUGGCAGCUUCCUCCCAGAGUCUGGAGCGUCCUCCCCGUCUCACUGCCUCCCUUGUACCCCUGGAAAAUACUGCCAGAGUCCUGGAGCACCACAACCAACAGGGCUGUGUUCUGCAGGCUUCUUCUGUUCUGGAGGAGCAGAUAGUCCCACUCCACGAGCCAACUCCUCUCUGUUCAGCUGUCUUCAUAAAAUCCUGGAGGCUUCUACCAUGAAGACAGGCGCAGCCUUCUGGAUGCACAAUCUGUCACUCUUCCAUAACUCACGAACGUCGGGAGAUGAUUUGAGGACUGACGUGUUAGCAUCACCCUGGUCGAAUACAGAUCAUCAUGUGACACUUUCACCACCUUCUCGUCAGACUGACUGCUCCACCUUCAGAGGAGACAUUUGCCCUGAGGGCUUCUAUUGUCCCGUGGGCUCUGCCUACCCUCAGCCCUGUGCAGCUGGAACCUUUUGUAAUCAGACAGGGUUGGAUGCCCCACUUGGGCCCUGCGAUGCUGGAUAUUACUGCCCCGCAGGCUCCAAAUACUCGUACGCCUCACUUUGCCCACCCGGACACUACUGCCCCCCUGGAACGCCUGCACCUCUUCCCUGCCCUAUUGGAACCGUACAGAGUGAGAUAGAGAAAUAUUCAAUUAUCACUGUGAUGUCAUUCAUGUCUGUUAAGGUAUACAAUAGUAUAAAUUAUGUUUAGAAGGCUAUAAAAUGUGAAAAAUAAAAAUUAUAUACUGCAGUAAUUUAUCAAAAUAAAAUAUAACACAAAUAAAUCAUUACAUACAAAUGAAAAAACAAAAAAAAAACAUCAGACAGUCACCAUCUGUUAGACCAGUGAUGUGUGAUGCAACUCUGAGACAUGACACAUUUAUUGCAGGUUUUCCCAGGAUGACUUGGUUCAGUCAGGAAUAAGGUGGAGAUCUGUUCUGUAAUGAUAAUCUGAUAAAAGUGGGCCCCAUAUUCCAUUGAAUUCUGUGGGGGAAAAAAAUUGUUGAGCUCUAAUACUGUUGACUUCCAGUUAUUAACUGUUAGCCCUCUGGCCAGUAAAGUGGCAGCACUGAGGACAUCAGCUUUGGUUUCAGUAAUAAGGGGUGAUGCAGGCACCAUCACAAUAUAGACGGGAGAGAAAUUGAAACGACCUUUUCUCCAGUUGUCUGUCACAAAUGUUAAAAAAACAAAUCUCUGUCAAUAACUGUUUGAGGUUGUGCAGAGUCACAACAUAUGGAUAAGGUUUGCAAGAGAUUGCUGAAAGCUAGCCAACAUAUAGUAGUGACAAUGCACUACUUGGCAUGGAAUGAGUCUUUUACAAAUCAAAGUUUUAUGUAUGGGUUUUAUAUUUAGCAGUUUUCCUGCAUUGAGAAAGAGAAGAAAGUGCUCUGUCAUCCUCGAGGUAGAAUUAAAAAUACCCCAGUGAUGGCAGGAGAUAAUUGGGUUCCAUCUGUUCUCCCUGUAAUCCCUUGUCAUCCUCAACUGUGAUUUAACAGACGAUUGCUGCGUCAUCAAAAUUCCACAGUAGGAGAAAAAAAAGUGAGCAGCAGAAGUUACUCUGAAAUGAGGCAAAGUCCAUGUAUGACAACAAUCAACUGUCUUCACAGUGGGAUCGGGUGGUUAAUUAAUCCACAGUGGGAGUUAAACAACGGAGAUAUACCUCUGUGUCCCACCUGCACAGCAUUAAAUUACUCAGAAAUUGGCACAGUAUGGUUUUCACAGUGUUCCUGGGCUUCUUGGAUCAAACAACUUCAG